CCUCUCUCUCAAAAUCAAAACCCUUCGCCAUCCCCUCUCCUCUCCUGUAGAUAUAUAAGUUCUCCUCUCUAUACACUUUUGCUGUGUGUAUCUAUAUACACAUAUUCCUCUCUAUCUGCUAGGGUUUUCAUUUGAAUUCAUCGAGGAUGUCGUUGAGGCCGAACGCGAGAACCGAGGUUCGUCGGAACCGGUAUAAAGUAGCGGUGGACGCGGAAGAAGGUCGGCGGAGGAGAGAGGAUAACAUGGUUGAGAUUCGUAAGAAUAAGAGAGAGGAGAACUUGCAGAAGAAACGCCGCGAAGGCCUUCAGCCUAAUCAACAAUUUACUCUUCCUGCUCACACCACCGUCGAAAAGAAGCUAGAGAACUUACCAGCAAUGGUUGCGGGUGUGUGGACGGAAGAUGGAAAUCUACAGCUUGAGGCUACUACUCAGUUUCGGAAGCUGCUCUCGAUAGAAAGGAGUCCGCCAAUUGAGGAAGUAAUUCAAGCUGGUGUUGUUCCUCGUUUUGUUCAAUUUCUUGUGAGGGACGACUUUCCACAACUUCAGUUUGAGGCAGCAUGGGCUCUCACAAACAUUGCUUCUGGGACAUCUGAGCAUACCAAGGUGGUGAUUGAAUCUGGUGCAGUCCCAAUUUUUGUGAAACUUCUUGGUUCUCCUAGUGAUGAUGUGCGAGAGCAGGCUGUGUGGGCUCUAGGAAAUGUUGCUGGUGAUUCCCCAAAGUGCCGCGAUCUUGUCCUUAGCUGUGGAGCUCUAGUUCCCUUGCUAUCUCAGCUGAAUCCAAAUGCCAAGCUGUCUAUGUUGAGAAAUGCAACGUGGACACUUUCAAAUUUCUGCAGAGGCAAACCACAGCCUGCUUUUGAUCAGACAAGGCCUGCACUUCCAGCUCUUCAACAACUUAUUCAUUUAACCGAUGAAGAAGUUUUGACUGAUGGUUGCUGGGCGCUCUCAUAUCUCUCGGAUGGUACAAAUGAUAAAAUUCAAGCUGUUAUUGAUUCUGGAGUAUGCCCGCGUUUAAUUGAGUUAUUACUUCACCCGUCUCCAUCGGUUUUGAUUCCCGCGCUUCGGACAGUUGGAAAUAUUGUGACCGGAGAUGAUAUGCAAACUCAGUGUAUCAUCAACCAUCAGUCUUUGCCUUGUCUUUUGAACUUGUUGAAUGGUAAUCACAAGAAGAGUAUUAAGAAGGAAGCUUGCUGGACAAUUUCAAACAUCACAGCUGGCAACAGGGAGCAAAUUCAGUCUGUAAUUGAGACUGGUAUUAUUGGUCCUCUUGUUAAUUUGCUACAAAAUGCGGAGUUUGAUAUAAAAAAGGAGGCUGCAUGGGCAAUCUCAAAUGCCACAUCUGGUGGUUCGCAUGAGCAGAUCAAGUACCUUGUUAGUCAAGGUUGUAUCAAACCUCUGUGUGAUCUUCUCAUUUGUCCUGACCCAAGGAUUGUCACAGUUUGUCUUGAAGGGCUUGAAAAUAUCUUGAAGGUUGGUGAAGCUGAGAAGAAUUUGGGCCGGACAGCGGAUGUAAAUCUUUAUGCGCAGCUGAUUGAUGAUGCAGAAGGUUUAGAAAAAAUUGAGAAUCUCCAAAGCCAUGACAAUCAAGAAAUUUAUGAAAAGGCAGUUAAGAUUCUUGAGACAUACUGGUUGGAGGAAGAUGACGAGACAAUGCCACCUGGUGAUGCACCCCAACAGGGUUUUCAGUUUGGAGAUGGCGAGGUCUCUGUGCCUUCUGGGGGAUUCAGCUUCAACUAAAGAGUCGCUUGAUGAUGCAGUAUAUGUGAUGGAAAACUGGCUCCAUCUGUUUCAAUUUGAAAGUUGUAAAAGUUGCAAGGCUUAAUUUAUUGUGAUGGUGGGAAGUAAUGCCAGGGAGAAUCAGUUCCAUCUUUUUACUUGUUGCAGUUAGCUUGAAUCAUGAAUUUGCUCUGGAGAUUUUUAGUUCUAUUCUUAUUCAUCUCCUUUCAACUUUUGUUUUUUCCUCCUCUGCUUUAGCCGGUUGUAGUUUAUUAUUAUUUCACUAUUUUAUCUUCUGCUGGGAAUGUUAACGUUCCCAAGAACCUCUCUGUGCACGGCUUAAAAUGAUGGCUAGCUAUUCACUUU